ACAGAAUUGUACGUUCUUUGUGGUCAUUACUCGUAGUGAACAGCUGAUCAGUUGUUUUCAUCCAAAUAAUACCAGAAAAAUACAGUAUCUAAAUUUAGCUUGUAGUGUGGUAAAAAAUAUCGUUCAUAAAAGAUAACGUAUCGAGAAUAACAGUCAGUAAAAAAGAAAUACUUCAAAGAUAAACUUAAAAAGUAUACAAUGACGUAGUAAUGUGUGUGUGUGUGUUUAAUAAAUAAUCGUUUAGUAUGCAAAUAAAUUACUAAAAUAAUUAAUUGAUCUAAAGUUUUAAUAAAAUGUCAAUUUCAAUGGAGAAUCUUGUCAUCAAGCAACCAAUUAGACGUUUGGAAAUACAAAUCAACAAUUUUAAUGUUGCUAUACCACACCAUGUGAAUUUAUUAAAACGUCAUAAGAAUAAUAUUAAAAAAUAUGAAUCUCAACAAGAUUGGGAAAAAGUACGAAAGGAGCAUAUUAAUGUUUCUAGAAUUGUAAAACAAUUAAAGGAAUUACUGUAUCAGAUGGAUACACUUAGAGCUCAAGUUUUAGACAGUGAUAUUAAUGAAUUCGAUAAACUUACAGCAACUACAAGAUCUAGUAUGAUGAAUGCGAUUGAGGAAUACUUGGGUAAGGUAUUUGAUGAUAUUUUACAAUUGGACUUACCGAUAUCGGGUCCGUCUUCACCCAAAGAAGAAAAUAAGGAUGCACAGGAUGUAUUUAGAGAUCAUGAUAUCCAAUUGCAAGAAGAACAUGAGGAUUUGGAUCGACAGCAAGCAUGUUUGCAUACCUGGACCGAUCUACAGGAUGAUAUUACUCAAUUACAUCAACUUUUUACUGAUUUUAACAAAAUAGUACAUGACCAAAAAGAAUCUGCAACACACAUAGAAACUAAUAUUGAAGAGACGCAAAUUAAUGUGAACGAGGGUGCAAAGUUUCUUGUAACUGCAUCAAGAUAUAAAGCAGUAACUUAUCCCUUAGCUGGAGCAAUUAUAGGAACUUGCGUUGGUGGACCAAUAGGUUUAUUUGCUGGUCUAAAAAUUGGUGGUCUAACUGCUCUUGGUUGUGGUAUUUUAGGAUUUACUGGAGGUUCUAUUUUAAAGAAAAAACAAAUUUCUGGAGAGAUUGUACGUAGAAAAUCAAACAUUUCAAUUUCACAGCAAGAAAAUGUUAAAAAAUCUUUAUCUCUUCCUGAAAAAUUGAAUAAAAAUGAUAAGGAUUUGUGACAUCAGGAAAAACCUGAUGAGAAAUCAAAAGAUACUAAAGUUUGCAAUAUUAUUUAAUUGCUUUCUGAGAUAUCAAUGUGUACUUUUUUCAAUGAAACAGAAUACUUUCAAUCUGCUGACCAAUGAUAUACUUUUUUUAUUAGUUUUCUAUUAAAAUAAAUAACACCAAUUAUUAAAAAUAUUAUGUGAAGGAUAACAAAACACCAUCUUUUUUAAUAAAACAUAGAAUACGUAUGUGUAUGUAGGUCAAGUUUUGAUCAAAGAUACUCAAUGCUUUAAUAUCAUAAUUGGGACCGUUUAUUUUGGAAGUGAUGUAAGUCUAUUUAAAAAAAAAAAAAAUUAAAUAUCACGUAAUUUAUGCUUAAUUUAAUGUAAAUCUAUUAUGUGGAUAACUAGUUAAGUGGUCGGUAAAAGAAAUUGAGUAAUCGUUGAUAUGUUAAGCUUUAAUUUUAUCGAAACAAAAAGAAGUAGACCUACACUACUUUCAAAAUAGACGGUUUAUUUAAUAAGAAGCAUCCGAGAGUACCAAUUUUACACUUACGAUUAGUGGAUAAUAAUAAAGCUAAGCGUGUUUCAUAUAUUCUUGUUGGAUCUCAAAUUAUAAUAAAUUAGCUUUUACAGCUUGAA